AAGUCGCCGCUUAAUUCGCUCUUCUUCAAUCUCUUGUUUCUUUUUUAUUCCAUUCAUCAAUAAGAUUGCAGUAUGGCAGAGCUCCUUGAUAACAAGGAAAGAAUAUCCAAUAAACUAAACAAAUUUCUCUGAAUGAAAUAACAUCAAUGUCUUCUUCUUCUAUUCUUACAAAUUACCCUCUUAUUUGUGCUUUUAUUGCCUUUGCUAUUGCCCAAUUUAUCAAGUUCUUCACCUCCUGGUACAAGGAAAAGCGAUGGGAUAUCAAGCAACUUGUGGGAUCCGGUGGGAUGCUUUCGUCCAUUCUUACUGCUCUUGCUACUGCUAUCGGAUUCCAAGAAGGUUUUGGAGGAUCAUUUGCAACCGCAAUGAUCUUAGCAUGCGUUGUAAUGUAUGAUGCAACCGGUGUGAGAUUACACGCUGGACGGCAGGCAGAGGUCCUGAAUCAAAUUGUUUACGAAUUUCCCGCUGAACAUCCUCUGGCUGAGAGCAGACCAUUACGUGAACUUCUCUGUCACAACCCUCCCCAGGUACGUUUGUGCAGCAGAUUAUCUGUAAUAAUUACUUGAUCCACACUCUUGUUCUUGAAC